CAAAGUGAUUGUUCCUGUUCUCUUUCUUAAGUCACUUCAAAUGCUAUCCGUGGACGGCGGCUCAUUGUCAGGAGGGUUGCAGUGUGAGCAGCAGGGAGAGAACACUGGUACAGGUACAACAGCGGCAGCUGCUGCAGGAGCACCACCACCACCACCACCACAGCACAGCAUCACAGAAAACACACUCUGCUACACUCAUCUGAAAGAAGAUGGAACAAAACAGAGUGACUUUCUCUCGAGGAAGAAGUCCUCCAUUCCGAGAUGAAUCAAGACAAGCAUCUCAGCACAGUUUCUACCUAAGACCAACCCCGCUCUAUAUGAAGCCCCCCAAAUUCUCCCCUUCCAGGUACCCCAACAUGUCACCCACCAGGGACACCUACAGUGUGUUCAGCUCACCUGCUUUCUUUCCCUUGCUCGGUCCCAGUUACGCCCAAAAGGAGGGAUCCCAAAAACGCAAAAGAACUCCUUUCAAAAUGGAUGCCCAAGGUGGUGAAUCUCCUGACAGAGGAGAAGAGGAGGCAGAAGGCAGCAGUAGUAAGGAGACAGUGGAUCCCUCCCAAAUCCCCUUGUCCCUUCCACUUCGCCCCAUUCCUGCCCCACCUCCAAAACCCCUCCCUGGUAUGAUCGAGCUCAACAGACUGCAGCUUCAUCAGAGAUCACCGGCUAUGAAUCUACCUGUGCAGGUGAAACAGGAGCCUCUCAGUCCCUCCACGGUUUGGCCCCCCUCUCCUCUCCUUCUCCACCCUCCAUACUUCCCACCUCUCCACCACAGCCUUCUCCCAUACCCAUUCUUCAUGCCUGGGCCUAUCAUGCACCUCUCCCCUGGUGCUUUCUACCCCAGGGAGGACCUCCGACCUGGUCACCGUACCCGUGAUGGAGCUCCUCGAGACGGGACAACUAGCACUGAGAAGUUCGGCCUCGACAUUCACGUCGACGACAGCUAUUACGUUGAUGUUGGAGGUGACCAGAAACGAUGGAAGUGUCGUAUGUGUGACAAGUCCUACACCUCGAAGUACAACCUGGUGACGCACAUCCUGGGCCACAAUGGCAUUAAGCCACACGGGUGCCACCUGUGUGGGAAACUGUUCAAGCAGCUGAGUCACCUGCACACACACCUGCUCACGCAUCGGGGCAUGAGGCCCCACAAGUGCCAGGUGUGCCACAAGGCCUUCACCCAGACCAGCCACCUGAAGAGGCACAUGAUGCAACACAGUGAUGUGAAGCCAUACAGCUGCGGUGUGUGCGGUCGAGGCUUCGCUUAUCCCAGUGAGCUUCGUGCCCACGAGCUGAAGCAUGAAAAAGGCCAGGAGAACGUUUGUGUGGAGUGUGGUCUGGACUUUCCCACUCUCGCUCAGCUGAAGAGGCACCUGACUGCCCAUCGUGGCCCCACCCUGUACAGGUGUGCAGAGUGCCAGAAGACUUUCCAGUAUCCGAGUCAACUUCAGAACCACAUGAUGAAACACAAAGACAUCAGACCAUACAUCUGCAGUGAGUGUGGGAUGGAGUUCAUCCAGUCACACCACCUGAAACAGCACACGCUCACUCACAAAGGUGUGAAAGAGCAUAAAUGUCGCAUCUGUGGUCGUGAGUUUACGCUGUUGGCCAACAUGAAGCGCCAUGUCCUCAUCCACACCAACAUACGGGCCUACCAGUGCCACAUGUGCUUCAAGAGUUUCGUCCAAAAACAGACUCUCAAGGCUCAUAUGAUCGUGCACUCGGACAUCAAGCCCUAUAAAUGCAAGCUUUGUGGAAAGGAGUUCAACAGGAUGCAUAAUCUCAUGGGCCACAUGCAUCUCCACUCAGACAACAAACCCUUCAAAUGCCUCUACUGCCCGAGCAAGUUCACACUGAAGGGAAACCUCACCAGACACAUGAAGGUCAAACAUGGCGUCAUGGACAGAGGGCUGGAUGAAAGAUUGUUUAGGAAAAGGGGGCGAUUCUGCCUGACCACUCCUAUGAGCCUCCUCAGCCACUUCAGCCAGGAAGAGCCGUUUGACCUUUCACAGAAGCCGCCGGGCCUUCCAGGCCUCCGUCUUGCCCAGUCCGAUGGCGAGAGCGUCCCGGGAAGCUCGUGUCAGGAGGAGGAGGAUGAAGAGAGUUUGUACAGAGGGAGCCAGUACAGCCCAGAGGUGGACCAACAUGAGCCAGCAGGCGAAGACCCCUGCCACCCUAAGCUGGAGGAGAGAGGACCGGGAUCCCCUGAUGAACUGAGGCCAGUCAAGAAACAGAAACGAGCGUACCAGCAAAGUUCAAAUGACGAGACAGCGGCAGCAGCAGCAGAAGGACAAUCUGUGGAUCCCAGGCGUGACCAAGUGCACCUCUUGCCGUCAGAAACAUCCUGUGAAUCUGAUUUUGAGCUGGGUGAGCAGGCGUGCCACCAUGAAACAGGCUGUAGAGAGUCGGAUGAUUAUGACUCUGACUCAGAGCUAGUAGAUUUUCACCAAGAGUUAGAUGAGCCAGAGCAAAGCAAACGGCAGCUGGAUGGCUUUUAUGGGGCAGUGAUCGAUGUGGCUGAGAGGAACCAGAGCAGUGUGAAGACGGGUGAAAUAACAGGCCCACAGGAUGAAGAAGAGCUCAAAGAAUGAGAAAAGGUAGUGGCAAAAAGGAGAGAAUAAUGCCGUUUUUGAGGUAUGCUGAUGUUUUGUCUUGUUUUUUGACAGAAAAAUGCACAGGAUGUUCAGGAGACACUCCCCUGGGGAGAAAGGGAAAUGUGUAGGUCUCUAAAUAAAACUGAUUACGAAGGGUAGCAAUUUAGCACAAAAAAGGAAAGAUGAACAUAUUUUAAUUAACUGUGCCAAAAAUGUAAACAAUGCGUAAUUGAAAUGCAAAGCUGUGAAGCAUACUGCAUGUACAGAAUAUAUCUUACAUUAAUAAAUAGUCACUGACAGAUGGUUCAGUGGAAAUGUAUGAUUAAGAUGUAGCUUUUCAGUAAAUAAAUGCAGAAUUAUAUUUAAAAAAAAUUUACAAAUGAUUUUGCAGUGUUAACACAAAUAUGCAAGUCUGCUUUAACUUUCUUUGUGUGUAAAUCCAUGAUACAAAAAUCAUCAAUUAGGUUUUUCUAAAACCAUUGUUUAUGUUACGUUUGUUUAUUUGUUGGUUGUAACAAUGUUGUUUUUGAGAGAUAGAGAUAUGACAAAGCUUGAUGAAAUAAACUGUGAUUCUGUUCUAUUUUAUGUCUAAUGUUUAGAUUUUCUUUAAUUGCAUAACUUAGUUGUUUUGGGAGAAGGGCUGUGUUUUCAUUGUAGGACAAUGUAAUGGCGAUCAGCUGAAUGAGAUUCUGCGAAACAAUUUUUAAAUAAAAGCUUAAAUGCACGGA